GUCCGCAACGCCAUAGCAGUCAAGACUGAAAGGGGCGCGCCGGAGUUGCGGCUGCUGCCUUCUCUGGCUGGGUUGGAAAGGGAGGAGGUUCCUUGCCCGGCAGUCGGAGGGCGGCUCGCCUCAGCAGCAGCAAGGAGGUGGUAGAGCAUCCUCUUUCAGCCAGCCACCGGAUAGCGACUGUAGGCAGAAGAAGGAAGAGAGGUCCGUUUUUUUCAGGGCUCGUGGGUUGAAGGCGCGGAAGAAGCAACAGGAUUAAACUGUGGCAUUGAAAACCGGGGAAGAAAUUAAGCCCUGUCUUCCUCUCCAGGGACUCAGCAGGCAGUGGUAAGAAUGCUCCUGCUUCGGUCAAGACUCCUGUUCCUGCUCAUCUUUCUAGGGGUGGUGUAUGCAGCUCCUACCUCAGAUGGAGGUAGAAAAGAGCAACCUGAAGAGAUAGUUCUGAAUUUUCCCAGAGAUGAAGCCAGCUUGAAUGAGAUGUUCCGUGAAGUGGAAGAGUUGAUGGAGGAUACUCAAUACAAGCUGAGAAAUGCAGUCGAAGAGAUGGAGGCAGAAGAAGAUGGUUCUAAACAGUUAACAGGAGUUAAUUUUGAUCAGCUGCCUUCCAACUACCACAAUGAAUCUUAUUUGGAUACAACAAUUGGAAAUAAAACUGUACAUGCUUACCAAGAAAUCAACAAGGCAACUGAUAAUAAAACUGGAUCUGCUAGCUAUUCUGAAACUCUUAUUACAUCAAUACAAGGAGGAGAGAAUAAGAGGAAUCAUGAGUGCAUUAUUGAUGAGGACUGUGAGACUGGAAAAUAUUGUGAGUUCUCUGGUUUUGAGUAUAAGUGUUAUGCCUGCAAAACCCAACACACACAUUGCUCUCGAGAUGACGAGUGCUGUGGAAACCAGCUCUGUGUCUGGGGUGAAUGCCUGAAAACUGCCUCAAGAGGAGCAAAUGGAACAAUUUGUGAAAACCAGCGUGACUGUAAUCCUGGAAUGUGCUGUGCUUUUACAAAAGACCUUCUGUUCCCUGUGUGCACUCCUUUACCUGGAGAAGGAGAACCUUGCCAUGACCCUUCAAAUAGGCUCCUCAACUUAAUUUCAUGGGAGAUGGAGCCAGAUGGAGCCCUGGAUUGCUGCCCUUGUGCACAUGGGCUGACGUGUAAGAUGCAGAGCUACAGCAGUGAUUCUCUCUGUGAGCUAUCCUUUAAUAAGACCCAAACCAAGGACAUGGAGAAACCUUUGCUAUUAGAUGAAAUAUCAUUACUGGAUUUUAUAACACACGAUGUUCCUGGUGACUAUGAAGAAAUACUGAUCAAUGAAAUGCAGAGAGGCUUGGAGGAAGAUGUGUCUGUUUCCAAAGAAUUGGACAUAGCCAGUGAUAGGCUUUUUGCAAACAAAAUGUAAUUUAGUCAUAAAUGCUCUUAGAAAAUAGUGUCUUUUUAUAUCACAGUUAAACCCUCUGAAGGACAGAAAUGCAAUAAAGAACAUAGUUAACUUUAUCUUCCUCUGCCCUGUACAAACCAAUAUUUUCUAAGUCUGAAAUGGCAUUCUUCAUUGAAAAAACAAAGAUGGGCAGCUUUCUUUAACGAUAGUUUUUCUGAGUUUUAAGCAAGAUAUGCUUUGUACUUGCUACAGGAUGAAAUUAAGUAUUUAUAAUGGUGGUAGUUUGAGCCUCUUUUCUGUAUAUACUGUUUUUUUCCCCCAAGAAAGGCGCCUCUUGAUUUUAAGACUGUUCGUUCUUAUGCAUGUUUUUUGUGGAAUAGUGUUGUAAUUUUUUUUUAAGUGUUGCCUCCUGGGGCUUAAGCUUUCAGAUGAACUGCAUUCCAAUAUACAAGUUUUAUAACAAACCCUAGUUCACCAGCCAGAUGAAAGAAACAAAUGCUGGCUUGCCUAUUACUUGUGAACUCAAAGAGUACAAAACCUAGUUUCAGGUUAUGGUUUGCCAGCACUCAAGGAACUCUAGUUGUUGACUAUUACAUUUUGAUGUCACUCUCAACCACCUGCAGGUUGAUCAAACCACAGUAUGUAAACCAUUGUGUCUGAAUAAUCAGGAAGACUUCUACCAUUUUAAGGUUUAUAAUAGUUUAUACUGUAUUUUACUUGGUAAAAAAAAUAAAAUUCUUCUGGGUUUGUCUACUGGGAAA